AUGACCGCCCUCGACCCUAUCUUAAUCUCUACAAUAAUUGUUGCGAUUGUCCGAAGCCCAAGUCAGGCCGAUAUUCUCAAGCGGAAGGGAGUGGAUACCGUUGUUAUCGAGGGUGGUUUAGACGAUACCGAUGGGCUAGUAAACCUCGCGAAUCAAGACGGCGGAAUUUACGAGUACGAGGUGAAGCGCGAAAACAUCUCGCCUUACGCCCAGCGGACAACCGACGUAACUGUUGUGAGUAUGGGCGAAAGGCUCGGAAUUAGAACGUACAUAAUCAUGCCACCUCUUGUUUACGGCCAAGGCACAGGGCUUUUCAACCAAAGAUCUCAACAAAUUCCCAUGCUCAUCCGCAACGCGCUUCAGUCUGGUCGAGCAGAGUAUAUUGCCCCCGGUACCGCGAGCAUUGGACAUGUGCAUGUCGAAGAUCUGGCUGCUUUAUUUGUGGCGGUCAUAGUAGAGGCACUCGCUAAGCCUAAACUCGCCUCUGGCAGGAAUGGUUAUUUCUUUGCCGGCACCGGACGCCAUAGCUGGGUCGAAGUUGCACAGUAUAUUGCGACAGAUGGCUACGCACUUGGGGCCCUUGAAUCCGCCAAUGCAGCUCCCAUCGACCUUACUGCCGCAGCUGCUAAAUUCUGGGAAGGUGAUGAAAUCCAUACCGAGCGAAUUCUCGCUUCGUCAUCCAGGACCAAGGCCGAGAGAGGACGCGAAAUCGGGUGGAAGCCCUUGAGAACAGACCGUGACUGGAGAAGAUCUCUAAUUGACGAUCUACAUGGCAUUAUACGUGAGGCUAAAGUCGAAUAA